AUGGUGAGCGCAUGGCGUCCUGACCUGGGCUCAGUGUUGGCACACCGCACCUUCCCGCCUGGCCCCUCCGGACGGUCCCGUCCAGCCAGGCACUGGUGUCCUGCCAGGGCUGAUGGGUUUUCAGGCACCUGGGCCGGGGUGGCCGAGAAAGGCUUUUGAGAGUGGCCUGGCCAAGGCGUGCUGCGGAAAGAGCAGUCGUCGCUGCAUCUAGGCCAGUGCGUUCCCGGACUCGCGCUGUGUUUUCUGCUGGGUUCUGAGUACGCCUUUGGGUGUGUGUGUCUGUUUUCAUGUCUUUGUGGUUUUUGAACCGGACUCUCCAAAUCUAGGUGUACGAGCGCCUGCCAGCACUAUGGCUUUGCUGUCGCGAAGCAUUUCCUUAAGUCACUUGGGUUCUCUAGGACGUUGGCUGUGUGAAUCUUCUACCAUUAUUGAGAAGGCAGUGGCUUAUUACCUCCCUACCUCUUCUCCACUGCUCAUCACCUGCGGAGGUGGGUCCAGGGCUAGCUUGUAUGCGUCUGCCUUUAUGUGUCUGGGGAUUGAUCUGAAUCUGUGUGAUAUGUCUGUAUAUAUGGCAUUGAGGAUGGAAUACCUGGAGAUUUGUGCAUAUUAGACAAAUUCUGUGCCAGGAUAGAGACAGGGUCCCAGUGUAGGCCAGUGUGGCCUUGAAUUUGCUAUCUUCCUAUAUUGGCUUCUAAAAUGUCUGGGAUUAUACUCAUGCACCAUCAGGGCUCAUACUGGGUCCUUUUUGUGUAGAAGAUUUGGAGAGCAGUGGGAUGCUUUAAGUGGGGUUUAAUGAGCUGUCCUAGUAGGAAUAUGGAAGACCUUGUUGCUUUGAGUGAUUUGAACUGUGCGGACCUGACCAAAGAGGUUUCAGUGGCGAAGAACUUCAGUAUGUGGCCUAGAGACUGCUUUUGUAAUAUUUUGGUGAAGUUUGUGGCUGCUUUUUGCCCUUGUCUGAAGAGUCUGCCUGAGGCUAAGGUGCAUUGACAAAGGAAUUCUCAGAAACACCCAUCAUAGACUUUGUUCUCUGGUUAAGUCUCAGGAGCAUUUUUGAAUAAGUUUAGAAAGGAAAAAUAUAAAAUACAUGGUUUGAGUAUUAAAGGGGAACCAGGAAGUGAAUCGGAGCUGAAACCUGUGUUCAAAGAUAUUAAAUCGAAUUAAGGGAGUGGAGCUUGGGGUAAGAUCCCACCCAGCCAAAUUUAGGUUCAGGUGUGGUAGUACAAGCCUUUAAUCCCAGGAGACAGAACCAUGCAGAUGUCUGAGUUCAAGGUCAAUCUACAGAGCAAGUUCCAGGACAGCCAAGCUUAGGCAGUGAGGGAGUUGGAAAACAGAAAGCUAGUGAUAAUGUAAUAGAACAAGGGGGCCAUGUUCCAGCCCUAGAAAGCAGCAGAACUAGGCAGUUCCAGCCAUAUGGCUCUGGCAUCAUAGUCAUGAGGAGGAGACUACUGGGACAAUUGAUGUUGGUGAGCUGGUGCUAAGAAAUUAGCAGUGAUUAAGAAGAGACCACCAUCACUAAGGUGAAAUCUUCUGAGAAGUAUUUUCUGAGAGCACAAAGAAGUUGUGUUCCAGAGAUAGCCAAGGAUGCACUUCAUGCUGCAGCUGUACUUGGUAAUGUGUAAGAGUCACACAGGUGAUACUGGUUUUGAAGGCAUGAAGGGGUCAUGGAGAGCAGCUGAGGCUUGGCGCUGUGAGAGGCCAUGGAAGGUCAUUGGUGAAGGUGCAGCCUCAGUUGCAGUUGACAACCCAGGACUGAAGGGGUCACGUAAAGGAGUUGAGGCUUGGCACCAUGAAGAGAGUCUAUGAGAGGCUGUUGGUGAAGCCUAGUUGCAGCAGAAGACCCCAGUGUAUUGGAGAUGCCAGUACCAUGGGAUGAUCACCAAGAACAGCAGCAGCAGCAGAGUGGAUCAGCCAGAGCCUAGAGUGCUACAGAGUACAGAGCUGGAGGUCUGACCCUUUGGAGGAGCCCAUAAGAUCACGUGUGGAUCCCAGACAUUGGAACAAGGAGCUGUGAGGUUGAAGUUGCCUUGAGGACCCCAAGAUGUUUGAGAUGCCAGAGCCAUGGGAUACAUGCUGAGGAAAGCGGCUAACAGGGAGUGGAACCACCCCAGGAGAAGUUUGUUGCAGUCAACAAAGGUGAAAAAGGAGUGCAGAUCUGAAGACUGCUUUGACAUCAGCCAUGGAGAUGCAGAGUUUGAGUUUUCCCAGUUGGUUUCCUGUCUUGCUUUGGAGACUACAGUUAAGUGAUGGAAAGAAUCUCAGAGGAGACUUGAACUUUGGACUUUUAACAUUGUGUAGACGGUUAUAGACUAUGGGGACAUUGGAAGUUGGACUAAAUGUAUUUUAUAUUAUGUUAUGGCUAUUUAUGGCCCCCAUAGAUUCAUGGGCUUGAACAAAAAUUGGGGCUAGGGAGUGGAAUGUUAUGGUUUGUCUGUGCUCAGCCCAGGGAGUGGCACUAUUAGAAGGUGUGGCCCCACUGGAGUAGGUGUAGCCUUGGUUGGAGUAGAUAUGUCACUGUGGGUGUGGGUUUUAAGACCUUCAUCCUAGCUGCCUGGAAGCCAGUAUUCUGAUAUCAGCCUUCAGAUGAAGAUGUAGAACUCUCAGCUCCUCCUGCACCAUGUCUGCCUGGAUGCUGCCAUGCUCCACAAGGCUUGCCUUGGUCAUGGUGUCUGUUCACAGCAGUAAAACCCUAACGAUGCCAGUGUGUAUGAAAAAAGGCUAUGUCCUGUUGGGGUCCUGUUGCUCUCUGGACAGACGGUGGUACGUGAGGAACCUGGAAGACCCUGUGAAGAGCCUUGUAGAUUGAGCACUUAGAAAGGCUUGGCAGAUGGGCAGCUGAAACCGCAUCUGGGGACAUGACUAACAAGACUGGCUCAGGGUUCCGUGUCAUUUGAGGACAUUGCUGUGGACUUCUCCUGGGACGAAUGGCAGCAUCUGGAUGUGGCUCAGAGGACUCUCUACAGGGACGUGAUGCUGGAGAACUACAGCAGUCUCCUGUUCUUGGGACAUUGCAUGACCAAACCUGAGGUGAUCUUCCAGUUGGAGCAUGGAUUUGGGCCAUGGCCUGUGGGAGACUCCUCUGUCCGCAGCUUUGCAGGUAUUCAUAAAGUGACUACCUCCUUUGACACCCACCAGGAAAAUCACAAGGGAUAUUUAUGGCAAGUUGAAAUCACCAACAGCCAGACUUCAAAUGAGAAAAUUACUGAAGCAGACCUGAAAGUGGCACAGAAGAUCCAACAAGGGACAGCAUCCUAUGAAGAUAAAGAUGUUGUGAAGGCAUUUAUCCAGCAGUCACAGCACACAAGGAGUGAGAUGAGUUACUCAUGUAAGAAAAGCAUCCAAUGUAAGUCGCCUCUCAGUAACUGUCAGAGGCUUCUUAGUGAGGAGACGCGGCACACACACAGACAGCGCAGGAAGUCACACCUGACUGAACAGAGAAGUCACGAAGGGGAGAAGCCAUGUGAAAGCUCAGGACGUGGGAAAGCUUCCCACACCAAGCCUCAGCGUCAGGCCACUCAUAGCGAUGAGAAGCCCUACAAAUGUCUAGAAUGUGGGAAAUAUUUCUACUACAAGUCACAAGUCAUUGAGCAUCAAAGAAGUCAUACAGGCGAGAAGCCUUAUGAGUGUACAGAAUGUGGGAAAUCUUUCAGCUAUAAAUCCCAUCUCACUAUACAUCACAGAAGUCACACAGGUGAGAAGCGUCAUGAAUGUACAGAAUGUAGAAAAGUAUUUUACUAUAAGUCCCAACUUACUCGACACCAGAGGAGUCAUACAGGGGAGAAGCCCUAUGAAUGUAUGAAAUGUGGAAAAUCUUUCUACUGUAACACACAUCUUUCUUUGCACCAGCGAAUUCAUGUAAAUGUGAAACCCUAUGCAUGUACAGAAUGCGGGAAAACGUUCUCUUUCAGCGCAUGCCUCACUAGACACCAGAGGAUUCAUACAAAUGAAAAGCCCUAUAAAUGUUCACAUUGCCCCAAAGCUUUUUACUUUAAGAAACAACUUACUCAUCAUGAGAAAACUCAUGCUACAGAGAAGCGCUUUGAAUGUAAACAGUGUGGUAAAGCAUUUUACUGGAGGGCCAACCUUACUGUGCAUCAGAAAACACAUGGUGGGGAGAAGCCCUUUGAAUGUAAACAAUGUGGAAAAGCAUUUUACUGCAAGUCCCACCUCACUGUGCAUCAGAGAACUCAUAUAAGUGAAAAGCUCUAUCAAUGUUCACAGUGCAGGAAAGCAUUCUACUCUCAGACACAGCUUACUGUUCAUCAGAGAAUUCACACUGAUGAGAAGCCCUAUGGAUGUAAGCAAUGUGACAAAACAUUCUACAGCAAGUCUGGGCUUACUGCACAUCAGAAAACUCACACGGGCGAGAAGCCCUAUGAAUGUAAAGAGUGUGGGAAAGCAUUCUAUAACAAGUACUUGCUCAUUGAACAUCACAGAGUGCACACAGGUGAAAAGCCCUAUCAAUGUACAGAAUGCAAGAAAGCCUUCUACUGCAAAAAAUAUCUUUCUCUACAUCAGAAAACUCAUGCAAGUGAGAAGUCAUUUCAUUGUGCAGAGUGUGGGAAAGCUUUCUCCUGGAUGUCACACCUCACUCAGCAUCAGAGAAUUCACACAGGUGAGAAGCCCUAUGCAUGUGAGCACUGUAGGAAGACCUUCUACUUCAAGAAACAACUCACUCGGCAUCAAAGAACACAUGAGAAGUCAUGAGGUGUAAAUAAUGCAGGAGGCCAUUUCACUGCAAAUGCAACCCCCCUGUAUGAAAGAACUCAAACAAGGGAGAAUCCCUGUGGUGAGUGUACCAGAUACAGAAAAUUUUCUCCCUCACGCAUACCUUACUCCAAGUCAGAUGAGAAAGCCUAAGAGUGUAAAGAUGUAUGAACUCUUGCUCAAGCGUGUAAUCAGAAAGCUUGUAGGUGAGAAUGAUUAAUGUAAAAACUGGAAAUUUUCUAGUGUGAGGCAGGUGUUCAUCAGUCAAUGAGCAUAUACUGGAGCCUGUCUGCAAACAUUGUUGGAAGGCCACAUAUACUGUCUUGUAAGAGAAUUCAUACAUGGGCUGUCUCCUGUGAAGUUAGAAACUAUACAAAGGCUUUCUCAUUCUUCAGAUUCCUUCAGUAUAUUGUAGGUGAGUAUUGUAGAGUGUAAAGAAGAGAGGAACGCUUUCCAGCAUUAAGCCCCAUCAAUUCCUACCUGAAAGCUUUUACAGGUGUGGGCCCCAUGAAAUUAGUGAAAAUAGACACAUUUUGAGGCAGAAAUUGCGCCUGUGCAUUAGCAACUUCUUGUGUGAUUAAAAAAAAAAAAAAAAGUCACGCUGCUGAUUCAGUCUGGGAGCUAUGACUGUGCUGCCAGCCUCUUGGCUUCCUUUUGUCGCACUCAUUUAGCUCUGGGAUUGAUUGCAAUCAUCUCCACCCUGGCUUCCUAUUGGCUGCUGCCAGCCCCAACCUUCCUCCCCCUUUCUCUCUCUCUCUCUCUCUCUCUCUCUCUCUCUCUCUCUCUCUCUCUCUCUCUCUCUCUCUCUCUCUCUCUCUCUCUCUCUCUCUCCCCCCUUAUGAUCCACCAGCCCACUCCUGAGACCCUACAGUCUGUGGAUAAAGGACACACAGAUAACUUUAGUUUUUUUAGAACUUGCAGGCUAGGCACAAUUGCUGGGCAGAAACACCUGCCUUGGAAGCCAUGCCCUUAUCAGUUAUUAUCUCCUUUUCUCCUCCUGCCCUAAACUUAGUGGCUUGUAUCAGCUAGCCCCUGCCUACAUUCUUGGCCCUCUGCCCAUAGUGGAGGCUGCAGGCUCUAGCUGCUCUGAGUCCUUACAUGAUUGUAGCAUCUUCCUUCCUCCCAAGUAUGCAUAAAAGCCCCCUCUCUUUCUCUUUGUCUCCUCUUCCUUUUGGGACCUCGAAGUCCCACCUAUACCAUCUGCCCAGAAAUUGGCUCUCGGGCCUUCUUAUUGACAAAUCAAGAACCAAUUAGGGAAAUAAUAUUUCUUGCCAAUAUCCACUAGGCAAUUUCUUUUCUCAGAUUUCUGUUAUUGUAAUCCUUUGGAUCAAACCUCCAGACACAGGCAUGCCAGGCAGAUACUCUACCAUGAGCUAUAUAUCCCUAGACAAUGAUUUGAUGUCUUAUCAUCAUUAUGAGACCUAUGUUGAUGAAACUAAUCUAUUAAAGGCCAUACAUAUUGUUAAAUGUAUGUGCUUUGUGGAUAGUACUUUAUUUCCUUGAAUGGUUUCAGCAAGCAUAACCAAAUAGAAUAUGUAAGGUUUGUUUAAAAACUUAGCAAUUGAAGGUUGAGUAUACCUUAAUAACAUGGCAAAUGCCUUUGCAAGUAUACUUUAUAUCUGUAAUGCCCCAGAACACACAAAUAAUAUAAACUUAAUGAGAAUAAGCAUAAUUCAAAGAAAGCACCAGAUAUAUUCUUCUCUUGUGAUCUUUACCAACUAAGUUGUACCUUCUAAAGUCUAAAAUAUUUCUACAAAUAAUGUCAUAUUUUCAAGAUCAGUCAGAACAUAAACAUUUGGUGGGCAUUCCAUGUAGCUCACAGCUACAUAAAAAACAACCUAGGUUUUUGUUUGUUUGUUUGUUUGUUUGUUUGUUUGUUUGUUUGUUUGUUUGUUUUUAAAGCUGCAGGUACAUGUGUGGGAGUGAGGAGGCUCAGGCAUCUCCCCUAUAUCCCACUGCAGAUUAGGGGUAAGACCAGCUCUCAUACCCCCAGGGCAGACUUUCCUGUACCACAGGACAGCUGUAUUGUAUUACCUAGGCUAGGUGCCUGGCCAGUGAGGGCUGAGGCCAUCUCUGUGCAGCCGUUGUAUAUCAGCAUGGCCCCAGGCCAUAACACAGACCAAGAACAUCCACAUGGACAUAUGACCUAUGGUGGUAAUAUGUGCCACAGGCAUUAACACAUGGCAGUGGAACCCAGACAUGACCCUCAGGGACACUGUGGGCUGAAUUCACUAUGGCCUCAGGUGGCAGGGUAGGCUACCCACAUAAGGUCUUCCUCCCCACUCUAAUCUCUGCCUCCACCUUUUUUCAUGGUGCUCAAAUCUUUUCUGCUUCUCUUUCUCUUCCAUUUCUUUACCACAUACUUGCUCAUUGUAGAAGCUCCUACUGCAGGAUGGGCUCUGGGUGUCUUCUCUCAUGAACAGCAGCUGCAGCACUGGGGAGAGCUGGCCCUCUACCUCAUCUCGGCAGCAGAGUAGAGCUGGGCCUGGUGCAGGUCACAAGAGCUGUCCCUUUCAGCAGUAGCAUUGGCUGAGCUGAGCUGAGCAGCUCUGGAGAGCUCAUGCUAGGAUGUGGAUGGAGAAGAGCUGACAGUCUGACCAACUCAGCUACUUCCUAGGCCCAGGUCCAGGGCUUUGGUUUGGCCCACCCAAACCUCUUCCCCACCUAUGAAUUGUUGUUGAAGGAUGUAAAGGGGCUGGUCCUGCAGAUUCAAAGCUUGAGGAUCUCCAUGUGACAGGGCAAUAGCAGGAUAUCCAAGGGGAGUCCCAGUGAGGAUCCAGUAUUGAUCUGCAGGAGAGUCCAGAGGCCUUGAACCAGAACAAUGACUCAAUUCAAUGAACAUUUGUGAGUAAAGAUGUGUAGACAAAGGGUAUUCCCUGUGAGUCAGUGGAGAUUUCAUGACAAUAUAUGUUUUUUUCUGCUUACUUGUUUGUUUGGAUUGUUUAUUUUGCAGGGGCAACUGCAAGGGCCUCCUGAAGAUGGAUAUCAAGGGGCAGGAGAUGCAUGGGACUGGGGAGUGAAAUUCACAAAGACUCAAUAAAGGUUUUUUUGGUUUUUUUUUUUUUGAGUA